CGUAAUAACGUUCGCGGGCCUACUUCAGCCCUCACCGAGUUUCUAAGGGAGUCGAAUAUCACAACCAACUUUAUCCAACGAAGGGUUAGAACCAGGCAGCAAAACGAAACCCAGCAAGCUCAGGGUCAACAAGCAGCUGGCCCAAGUAAUGCUGGAGAUACUCCUGCGGAUCAAAUGGGAGUGGAUGAAUCGAGUCCCAGCACGCGUAGGCGCAGCCGUGCGUCGCGUGCAAAUGCACGCGAUGAAGAUUCAGACCAUCUCGAUGAAAGCGAAGAAGAGAAGGCCCCAACAAAGAAGCGCAAGACCACGAAAGCAGCGGAGGCGAAACAGAAGGCCAAAGCCAAGGCUGCCGCAAAGAAGAAGAAAGGUGACGGAGACGAAGACUACGAGGAUUCCGAAGACGAAGACGACGAUGUUUACACGGCCCUCUCGAGGAAUAUGGUCGCAAAUGCGGCAGCGUCGCCACCGAAACCAGGCAGUUUCGAGGAAUGUGCGAGGUGCGAGAUACAGUUCACGGUGACAAAGUACACGAUGGCAGCAAACCCGCCACCCGGGUACUUGUGCCACAAGUGUGUCAAGGAGACUGGCGCGGACAAGAAGCCUGCCGUCGCACCUAGGAAACGCAAAGCCCCCGUCGACAAACGAAGUGUCGUUCAUUUCGAAGAGAAGAGAUUUCCAACUCUGGUGUCUUUGUGCAUUCAGGCAAGCAUGCUCUCGAAGCACAUUAACGACGUUGAGGCAUUAGGCGAUAUUGGCUAUCAAAACAUAGAUAGUAUCAUCCGUGCCCUAUCACGAAAUCGGAGCUUGACACCCGAAAACGCCACUCUUUUCUACGGACUGGACAAGGAGAAUCUAGUUCUAUACGACGCGACCAAGCUCGUCCCCGACUCUCUCUCAACGCUCGCGAUGAUGAACCCCAAUCUGACGCGACUUCGCCUCGACUUCUGCGGACGAAUGGACGACGAAGUCAUCAACACCUGGUCGACCAACUUCCCCGCACUUACUCACGUCGAACUCCUUGGUCCAUUCCUCGUCCGUGUUCCAGGAUGGCUCAACUUUAUUCGUUCACACCCCGACCUGAAAGCAUUCUGCAUCACGCAAAGCCCGAGGUUCGACAUCGAGUGUUUGAAGACCCUAGCAGACUCGUGUGCCGGCCUAGAAGAGCUUAUGCUCAAGGAAGUUGGGAAACUCGGCGGUGGCAAAGAGAAGGAGGAGCAAGACGCAUGGGUGGACGAACUAUGCAAGUUUGAAGCAUUGAAAAUGCUCGACAUUUCCGACCCCAGCAGCGAGGGGAUGGAAGAGGAGGGUUUGAUACGUCUGGUGAAGACUCUUGGUGAAGAAUUGACCUGCUUGGACCUCUCAGGCCACAGCCGUAUCUCAGACGAUUUCCUGAAUGAGGCAUUACUUCCGACGUGCCGCAAGCUCACCAGCCUGUCGUUGCAAAACUUGCCGCUCCCCACGGACGAAGGGAUGGCAAACGUCUUCGAGCAAUGGGCCUCGCAGAACGCUAACCCCAACCUCAAGCAUCUUUCAUUCCUGAGGAUGGUGCAGCUUGGCUAUAUGGCGCUGUCCGCCAUCGUCGCACACCCUGCAGCGCCACAUCUUCAAUCGCUCAACAUCAAUGGAUGGCGCAACACAGACGCGGAAUCGCUGGAAGAGCUCGGGAAGAAAGGUUUGAGGGAGUUGAGGAGAUUGGAUCUGGGUUGGAACCGAGAGGUUACCGACAUGAUCGUUGGGGAGAUAUUGGAAGGGUGUGGUAAGCUACAGGAGCUGAAGGUCUGGGGCUGUAAUAAGUUGACGGUGAAUUGUCCUACGAGGAGGGAAGUGGCAAUCAUGGGCGUUGAGUCGCAUGCCGCGGCAUAGGAUGUCUAUCCGUAGGGUUGAACGGAUGUUCCGCGUGGAGACUAGC